GUAUAAUGUGUUUGGUUGUAGUUAUUCGAACGAAUGAACUCCUACGAUCUUGGCUGCAGUUUUGGUGGAGGAAUGGACAAUGUGCAUGUGUUCAUGGAUGCCGGGCUGGCUUUUAUUUCCAACACCGAUGCCUCAAAGAUUCGCGAAGGUUUGUCCUGCAAAACACAAGGCCGGAUGAAAAGAUCACUCGACCUCCAACGGCAGUACAUGGGAAAACUGGGCCAGUACAAGGAUAAAACGAUGAUAGGUUGUUGUAAGGACGGCAUCAGCUUGAACCCAAUGAGGAAACCGUGUAAGGAUCGGGCCAAGAAGGUGCUGGAUGACAAGUGUCGGAAGAUCUUCUUCGACUGCUGCCUUUACGCGGUGGAGCUGAGAAGGAACCAGACCUAUGCGGCGGAUAAUGUGGGGAGAUCGGCAGGGAGUACUGAUGGCAAUUACUUCGAUGAGAUGCAAGUUCAAAUGCGCAGUGAUUUCCCACACAGCACACUUUGGAAAACAUGCCCAGACCUGGUGAAAGGGCAAAACAGGGUGGAAGUUAUCAUUCCUAGUUCCAUAACUACUUGGGAAAUUCAAGCUGUUGGCAUGUUUAAGAAUAAAGGUUUUUGCAUUGCGGAGCCCAAGACAUUGAAAGUUUUCAAACCGAUGUUCAUAUCUUUACGAUUGCCCUACUCCGUUAAGAGAAAUGAACAAUUAGAAGUGAGGGUUGUGUUAUAUAAUUAUACGCCCAUUGAUCUUCAGGUGAAGGUGUAUAUGAAUACGGUGGAUAAUCUCUGCAGCCCUGCCACUGGGCAACUGAAUGCAAGAACUGUGACUGUCACAAAAAACUCGGCAUAUUCCAUCUACUUCUCCAUCGUUCCUUUAGCCAUCGGUAACAUUCCAAUCUCAGUGGUCGCUAAUGCCUUUGAAUACAACGUUGUCGAUGCAGUCAGGAAACAACUCAAAGUGGUGGUGAGUGGAGAGAGUCUGACAUAAGGCUCAUAAGGUUUG